AUUUUGGCAGCCGACAUGAGGCCGGCGAGCGGCGGGUUCCGGGCCCGGAGGGCGGCCGAGCUGCCCGAGAAGGAGUCCGAGGAGGUCACGGAGGAGGUCCGCCGCGAGCGCGCCCACACGGAACACGGUGGCCACGCCGAGCACCGUCCCGGCCACGACUACGACCACAUGAAGGACAAGUUCGUGAACGAACUGGAACGGCUACCCAUUCCCAUGUGGGCAGUGGGAGCCAUCGUGGUGGUGGUCCUGGUGCUGGUGGCGUGCUUCGUCUUCUGCGUUUUCAAAAAAUGCUUCGGGAAAAAGAAAAAGCCGAAGAAGGUCCGGGAGAGGAAGACGGGGCGGCGCAGGAAGGCGAAAGAAGGCGAGGGCGAGACGGGGGAGAAGGAAGGGGAGGUGAAGAAGGAAGGAGAGGAGGAGGAGAAGGAGCAAGAAAAGUUGGGCAAACUGGAGUUCUCUCUGGACUACAAUUUCACCGAUUCCCAGCUCAUCGUGGGGAUCCUUCAGGCUCAGGAUCUGGCCGCCAUGGACAUGGGGGGCACCUCGGAUCCUUACGUCAAAGUCUUCCUGUUGCCGGAUAAAAAGAAGAAGUACGAAACCAAAGUUCAGCGCAAGAACUUGUGUCCCGUUUUCAACGAGACCUUCUUUUUCAAGAUCCCGUACGCAGAGUUAGGAGGAAAGACGCUGGUCCUUCAGGUCUUCGAUUUCGAUCGCUUCUCCAAGCACGACAUGAUCGGCGAUAUCAAGAUCCCCAUGAACAGCGUCGACUUGGGCCAGCCGAUUCAACAGUGGAGGGACUUGGAGAGUGUGGAAAAGGAAGAGGAGAAACUGGGCGACGUCUGCAUCUCUCUGAGAUACGUCCCCACCGCCGGGAAACUGACGGUGAACAUCAUGGAGGCAAAGAAUCUGAAGAAAAUGGAUGUCGGGGGCUUAUCGGACCCCUUUGUGAAGAUCGUCCUGCAGCAGAACGGAAAACGCAUCAAGAAGAAGAAGACGACCGUCAAGAAAAACACACUCAACCCCUACUUCAACGAGAGUUUCAGCUUCGAAGUCCCCUUUGAACAGAUACAGAAAGUGCAGGUGGUCAUCACGGUGUACGACUACGACAAACUGGGGAGCAACGACCCCAUCGGUAAGACCUUCAUGGGUUACGGCGCUACCGGGGUGGGCCUGCGCCAUUGGUCGGACAUGCUGGCCAAUCCCAGGCGCCCGGUAGCUCAGUGGCACACGCUAUUGCCGGAGGAGGAGGUCGACGCGGCCGUCAAAGCCAAACCUCGCUAA